AUGCUUGCUGUUGACUCGGAAAACACCGUUUACAAAUGGCAAUUCAACUCCAGCAAUGAUGUUGCUCAUGCAGUCAGGCGCGCAUUCCAUGAUCACCAGCACACAUAUUAUCAGGAAGUGGUAAAUCGGCAAGAAUGGGCACCAGACGUGUUGAGUGGUAAUUCACCAGAGAAAGCUCAAGAUUCAUUCAUGUACCGUGAUCAAAAUGGCAUCAGAUCGAUCCUGCUUGAUGACGACAACUGCAAUUGCUUUUCGUCUCUGAGUUUUGGCCGUGGCAUGUGUUAUGAUGAUGGGAGUCAUUACUGGAAAGGCGUAGAUACACUUUAUGACCCAAACUGUAAUAUACCAGGAGCUGGUGUUGGACUGACUCUGUACUUUCGUUCUUCAUUUAUACUAGACCAAAGCUGCUCAGAACCCAUUUCCGAGGAAAUGGUCAAAAUGUUCAGGGUAGCAUGAGGCACAAAUUGAUGUCUGGUCCAUGUCAAUAGUGACGUUGUAGGAAACUGUAGAAGUUUACUAGUUUUUGUAUAGCUAUCGUUUGAAUUCUAUUAUACAUAGCGAACCACACUCUGUUUUCACUUAAAUGAUUUUAUUAUUCAUUCAAAAUAUUUUCCCAAUUCUGAUUGGCUAAAAGCACACGUUUAAUUCACCAUAACCAGUUACUGAUGACCAAAUUUGGAAGAAUUUUGUGUUUAACGAGGAAAUGACGUCAAAAAUGCAGCGUUUUCGCAGGUUAAGGCACCGUUAACCGAGAAGACCUGGGCACGAGGUUGAGUUGUUUUGAUCAGUGAACUUGAAAAAUGGCGGACAUUUCACUCGUUUCAAGAGUAAGAACUAGGCGCAAAAAUAGCUAAAAACAUGGCAAGAACAGCAAGAAGACAACUCGAAGGACGACGUCUGCUCUUUGGAGAAUAUUUGCGGAGCUAGACAAACCUAAACGUGCACUAUCGAAGAUGAACUUAACAUCGAUGGAUCGAUGGAGGUAAGCAUGUUUUAGCCAUGUUUUUAAACUAGGAAUAAUUUUGAAUGAAUAAUAAAACAAUUAUUGAAUUCGGCUUUCAUAUCAUAUGAAGAAUUAUGGGGAUCUCCGAGGGUGUUAUCCGUCGAGGCCGUAGGCCGAGGCGGAUAACACCCUCCUCGAUCUCCAUAAUCCUUCAUAAGAUACUCAGCCUCAUUCAUUAAUUGUUAAAUAAUGCCCGAUUGACCAUCCUAGUGCACUUCCGUUUUUGGUAAAAUUCUUUCUUUUAUAAUAUAUCACCAAAAGGUGAGAUUCCCCUUUUGCACAAAUUGAGGUUUCCUCUGACUGCUAAUCGCAACGUACAGUAAUGUUAUCAGCAAUAAUGAUAAUAUAUACUUUCUGUUGCUGUAAAUCACACAUUGAAGAUUCGAACCUUGAAAAAAUUGAAAAUACUGUAACUUUUAACAAAGAUAAAUCAAACUCCUAGUGUUUAACGACCCUCGGCACCAUCCAUAUCUGCUAAUAAGGAAGGGUUAACCGAUAUUGGUUCACUCCAGCUCCCUCUCGUGGAUCUGUACGUAUUUUAUCACCAAUACAAGCAGGAGUUAGCGUGAGACUUUGAGGGUGUACUCACGGAAGUGGCCUUGGCCCAACGUCGAAGGCCUAGGCCAAACAUCGAACUUUUCAUGAGACGAACCAUGCAAACUCUAAUUUGGGUCAACCUAAAUUAAGUUAAUAUCUUCUGUUGGGUUUGACGUCGAACCAAUCAACUGAAUCAGACCAAAAAGCAAUUUUAAUAUUUUUUCUCUUGAACAAGGCUAAAUAUAUAUUAUCAUACAAAGUUUUAACUCAUCAGUUUAGUUCGUCGCAUGCAAAUAUCGAAGUUUGUCCCGGAGACGAUCUUCUUCACGUUCGUGUUCGAAGAUACAAACUCAUUUAGGUGAACAUAACUGAGCCAGACGUCGAAUAUUUCAUGAACAACAUAUCGAAGUGCAUCGAAGACGAUGUGGGACCAACCUCUCUCACAUGCUAGCUCGCUAAAGUGCUGGAGGGUUCACAUUAGCUAGAUUAUAUCCAUCUAUUGUAGGCAACCUCGAUAGAAACCAAUUCGCGGUGGCUGGUAAAUCAACCGAGCUGGCCCUUGUCUAUCUUUUACACCUGGCUUUAGAAGCCCUGGACAGGGGCGGUUGCUAUCUAAGAUUAUUUUUUGCUGAUUUUAAAAAAUGUUUUGACCAUAUUGAUCACCUUAUAUUAAUGGAGAACCUUUCUACACAGUACAAUCUCCACUGGAGCUUGCUUAGGUGGGUCGCAUCCUUUUUGCAAGGGAGAACUCAGGUCACACGCGUUUGCCCCUCGGUUUCUGCUCCUUUAUAUCUAAAUGGAGGCAUUCCUCAGGGCACAAAAUUGGGUCCUGUGUUGUUUGCUGUUAUGGUCAAUGACUUUGUUCAAAGUUGGGGCGCUCGCAUUAAAUUCGUGGAUGAUCUGACGGUUCUGAAGGUUGUACCUCGCAAUUCGCCAUUCUUAUUGAAUGUAGUAGUUGAUAAUAUCCACGCUUUCGCUGUUGACAACAAUAUGCGCUUAAACCCCCGUAAAUGCAAGACAACGACUGUUAACUUUCUUCACUACAAUAGUCGCGUGCCGCGCCCAAUCGCGGUUGGUGGGUCCGAAAUUAAGCAGGUCUCUAGAUUUAAGCUCCUCGGUGUCCAUCUUACAGAGGACAUCACUUAGACAGUGCACUGCGACUAUAUCGUGAAGAAGGCCAACAGACGGCUUUAUACACUGAGACAAGUCAAGAAGUGCAAAGUUCCGUAGGCUGAUAUUGUUCAAAUCUACUGCGCGCUAAUUCGCUCUAAACUAGAGUACGCCUCCGCUGCCUUUGCUGACUUGUCUAUCGUGCUUGCUAUAUUGAGAACCUGCGAAAAAGGACCCUUUCGAUCAUUUGGCCUGGUAUUUCGUAUGAAACAGCACUUGACAAAUCUGCAUUAUCCACUCUUUCUGACAGUCGGUCAGUCUCAUGUACUAAAUUUAUAGGUAAGGCUCGGGCCAGGUAACCCAUUAUACCCACUAAUACACAACAGAGUGGUACCUAUAUCUCCCAGUGUGUGUCCAAGAUCAGGGUGUUCUAGCAGGCCGAUGGCCACAAGGACUAAACGUUUCUCAAAUUUUGUUAGCGUUAAAUUUUAAUCUUGUCAAUAAAUGUAGCGUAUUUAACAAUUAUUCGCCGAAGGCGAAGUUAAUAUUGUUGAAUAAUCCCCGAGACGAAGUCGAGGGGAUUAUUCAACAAUAUUAACUGAGCCUGAGGUGAAUAAUUGUUUUAGUAUAUUUAACUCCAUUUCAUUUCCUAUCCUUAAACUUAUGUUUUAUACUCUCCUAUUUGGCAAAUUAUUGUUAAGUUUAUAACUGUCUGCAGUUUAAACUAACACAUCAAACAUGGAAUAUUGAAAAACAUUUACUUUCAUGAAAAACUUCGAUGAAAAAAAAGAGAGAGAAAGAAUUUCGGUGAAUUUUAUGUUACAUAUUCUGGAACAAUUGAAAAGAUAUUAACUAAUAUUUGAAACCGUAUUAUAAUAUGUACAAACAACAUUAUUUGAAUUCAAUAAUAAUAUUUUCCUUAACACAUAAUGUUUGCCAGCUAGUUCAAGCUUACGUUGUACACUGCGAGUGGUAAUAUAACAGUGUUGCUUUAGCGCAGUAACCUGACUUCAUUCCCACGCGGUGGUUCCCGCGGACUAAGAUGUUGACCAUGCAUGUUAGCUGAAGUCUCUUUUUCUUUUUUUUUCUUUUUUUUUUUUCAAUCUUCUCUCUAGAGCUUUUAACAAAGCCUGUUUUGAACCAAUGCUGCUCAGUAUGCUACGAAGGCUCUUUUUCGAUGGAAAAUGGUUUAAAAAACCCUCAAAGAACCUCUCGAAGAUUUUUUUUGAAAAAAAAAAAAAGAUUAAACUGCCGCUCAAAAAAUAUGGCACCUUUUUGCGCUUACAUGGGCAAAAAUAUCUCAUGAGUAAGAAUAGCAAAAUGCGCUAUCCCAAACAGCGAUUUCUUGCCAAUUUUCACUACUGAAAGAACUGAACCGCACCUAAGCGGGGUAUGUAAAUUUUGAUCGUACCGACACUGUAAAUCAUUAUUUUCGUUGAUCAAAAAACAAAAAGUGUAAAAGACAUUUUGGGAUGAAAAUGUUUUAAAACAUAUUUCAAAACGCUCUCAUAGAUCUCAAUUUGUGGAUUUCAUGUCAUCGUGAGGUAUUGGACACGAAGCAGUGAGACCUUGAAAAAUGGGUGCGAGCCUCCUUAGAUAGAUAGAUAGAUAGAUAGAUAGAUAGAUAGAUAGAUAGAUAGAUAGAUAGACAGAGAUAGACUGGGAUUUAUUGAGUCACUUCGCAAAAUAAACUGAAUUGUGCAACUUUACAAAUUAAUCUAAAAAUAUCUUUAGCUAAGGAAAAAAAAGAGAAAAUAAAAUACAUCACUAAUCACUACGUUAUAAUUAACGUUAACCCGACUUCUUCAUUUUUAUGAUCAAAGACUGCGUUUUGAAGUCCCCAAACAGCCAAACGUUAUUUCUCUUCAUAAUUUGGCUAAAAUUUGGCGUACCCGGUGGAGAAUCAAUUGAACUGAGCAAGCUUUUUUUCUAUGGAAGUCAUAUGAAGUCCCCUUGAUGAAAGGCAUGAUAGUCCGCGGAUUUACAUUUUAUCUCUCGUCACAUUUUUGAAGGUUUCUCAAUCAGCAGUACAAAGCGAGAGCACCGUUAAGUAUUAAUCUUGAUCGUAAGCGCAGUAUACAAUAUCCUAAGAGCUGACAAUCUGAGGGAACUGUGGUGUUACUUUGCGCGAUAUGGCUUAAACACGAAUUUUUCUUACAUGUAUUUCUGUAACUGAAACCAACCAACCAUUUUUGGUUGCAGAAUGUUUGAAACAUCCGCAAAUAGUUUCUUCUGAAAUAACCCUGCCAGUAAAAAAAUGUUUCAUUCCUGUUGUUUAAUAUUGAUUUUAAUUUUUGCCAUGUUAUACUUUACAUUAGAGCACGUGUGAUCAGAUACCCUGCAGAAACGGUGGCACAUGUAUCCCGGUGUAUGAGAAUAACAGCUACGCUUGUCAGUGUCCUCCGAUCGCUGAAGGCAAACAUUGUGAGGAGGUACAAUGGACGGCAUUUUGGUGGUAUGACGCUAACACAGCUUGGCCCGACUGGGAAGAAGACGUGCUCAAGUACGACUUUGGUCACUGCAAUUCAACGGAUCCUACUGUUUUGGACGCCUUCCCUGGUCAGCGGUGGAAGAUUCCACCGAGAUGCUUGCUGUUGACUCGGAAAACACCGUUUACAAAUGGCAAUUCAACUCCAGCAAUGAUGUUGCUCAUGCAGUCAGGCGCGCAUUCCAUGAUCACCAGCACACAUAUUAUCAGGAAGUGGUAA